AAGCAUGCAUUGAGAUUAUGCUGUUCAAUAACAUAUAUGUUAAUAUCCAAGCGCUGCAGGAAGUCUAUCUGUGUUUUAAGCAAUAAAUAAAUAUAUAUAGCGUCCUUAAAUGUUACUUUAACCAGUGAACCAACCACUACUACUUGUCGCCAAAAUAUUCAAGUUGCACUCUACAUAAACGCAUUCAUCAUCACGCCAGGUCAUCUCGGUCUUAGUGAGUUACAACUCGGAAUCAGGCUGGGUUUUCAUCGCUAGGGGACUUACAGAUAGUACUUCAGACAAUAAUCCAAUAGAAGACACGCCGUUGCAAACAUGUCACGUUACUACAGCCGCAAUCGCUAUUCUUCCACCGGACUCUUGGACCGGGGUAGAUCUUACAGAUCCACUUUCGAUUGGACUCCGAGAUCGAGGACCUCGUUGUACUAUAGGGAACCAGGUUGUCAUUUCGACAUCAGAGAUUACCGAACCAUAGUAGAGCUAGAUACGGACAUUCCCGAAGCGGACAAGGAAGUCUUAAGAGUACAGAAAGUCAACUUUAACAUUGCUGAAAAUGUCAAAGCACAUCAUACCGACAAGUUUGAGAUCACGGAUGUCAUGAAAGGAGAUAAAUACAUGAAAUCCCAGUUGGUUGUCAGGAGAGGGCAAUCCUUUGAUAUCGAGGUCGAGUUCGAUAGGGAAUUUUCGAAAGAGAAAGACGACCUUAAUUUGAUAUUUGAAAUAGGUAAAAGACCUCUAGUGAGCAAAGGUACAUCCAUCACCCUAACCCUCUCCGACGCGGACAAGCCAAAACAAUGGGGCGCUAAAGUGAAAUCUAAGAAGGACAAAGAGAUUGUAAUGACUAUCUUCACCCCACCUGAUAUCCCUAUUGGAAAAUGGCAAUUCAAGAUUGAUUCCAUAUUCAAAGACUCCGACAGCAAGAAGAAGUAUCGUUACACACAUGAAGAUCCAAUAUACAUGCUCUUCAACCCUUGGUGCCCGGAUGACCUCGUGUUCCUUGAUGACGAAAAUCUACGCAGAGAAUAUGUGCUCAACGAUUCUGGUAAGAUCUAUUCUGGGACAGCAAAGAACAUACGACCAAAACCAUGGAAUUUUGGACAAUUCGAAGAUUUCAUGCUGGACUGUUGUUUCCAUCUUUUGGAACAGUCUGGUUUGAGUUAUAAAGUGAUGGGAAAUCCAGUGAACGUUUCAAGGAAAAUUUCUGCAAUGACCAAUGCCCCGGAUGAUGGAGGUGUGUUGGUUGGGAAUUGGUCAGGUAAAUACGCGGGAGGUACUUCCCCAUUAGCCUGGAGUGGUUCAGUGAGAAUCCUCGAGGAGUAUUGGAGGACGUUGCAACCAGUUAAAUACGGACAAUGUUGGGUGUUUUCCGGUGUUGUGACUUCAAUCGCUAGAUGUUUGGGGAUACCUGCCCGAAGUGUUACUAACUUCUCCUCUGCCCAUGACACCGAUGGUAGCAUCACCAUUGACAACCAUUGGGGUACAGAUGGCAAACCACUAGAGGAAUAUAAUUCAGAUUCAGUAUGGAACUUCCACGUAUGGAAUGAUGUCUGGAUGGCUAGACCAGAUCUUCCAACUGGGUUUGGUGGUUGGCAGGCCAUAGAUGCAACUCCACAAGAGACAAGUGACGGUGUAUUCUGUGCCGGACCAGCCUCACUAGAGGCGUUGAAGAACGGACUGGUGAAUCUCCCUUAUGAUGGUGCCUUUAUAUUUGCUGAGGUAAAUGCUGACCGUGUUCAUUGGAUACAUGCUCCCGAUGGUCAGACAUCUAAACAACUAGUGAAAAACCAGGUUGGAAAAUCCAUCAGUACCAAGCUGCCUAUUGGUCAACGGUUGUCAGGAGCAAUUGGCGGUGGAGAUAGACAAGAUAUCACCAACCAAUAUAAAUAUCCAGAAAAGUCUCACCAAGAAAGAACCGCAGUAUGGCGAGCUGCACAAGCUUCUUCACUACCUGUCGAUGUGUACGAUAUUAAAGAUCAGGAUGUCUUCAUUGAUAUGAUAGAGAAGGACGAUGUGCUUGUCGGGCAGCCGUUUGAUGUGGUUCUCAAGAUUAAGAACAAGAGCGCGGCGGAACGCACGGUGAAGGCAACACUCACUGCUAGGGUUGUUCACUACACUGGUGUUCCAGCUGAAAUCGUUAAAUCAGAAUCAUUGAAUAUCAAACUAGAGGCAGCUGCUGAGGGAAAAGUAGAGAUGAAGGUAGACCCAUCAGACUACCUCGGAAAACUCGUAGACAUGUGCAUGAUUCGUAUGAAUCUGAUGGCAAGCAUCAUCGAGACCAAGCAAGUUCAUUGUGAGUCUGACGACUUCCGGUUGAUUAAGCCGGAUAUUGACAUCAAGGCCCCGGAUGCAGUUAAUGUUGCAGAGGAAUUUAGUGUCGAGGCCAAGUUCAUCAAUCCUCUUCCAACACCAUUGACCAACUGCGAGUUUACUGUUGAAGGACCCGGUCUCCAGAAACCCGUUAAAGUCAAAAUUGCAUCGGUCCCAUCAGGCGCAGAAGCUAAACUGGAAGCCCAGAAAUACACACCUAGACGGCCUGGAGACCGGAAGCUUAUUGUAUCAUUUCACUCUACCGAACUUUCUGACAUGUCCAAUGAUGUUGAUAUUAUUGUGAAAUAAAAGAUGGCGUGAUGGGUUAAUAACAAAUGGUUGACAUUAGAGCAUUUCAGCAAAUUGCUUUAGUAGUAUUUCAUUUUGGAUAAUCAUAAUUAUGUACUAUUUUAAUUAUACUAGUAUUCCUAUAUAUUUUGCAAGUAACUACGUCUAAGAUGCAAUUUGGCAACAUUACGUUUUUAUAAGUAUUUUAUGGUUGUAUAUACGAAGGUGUUCAUCAUAUUCAUUGAGUACACUCCCUCAAAAAUUGUGUGAAAACAGGACAUCUCGUCACAAUCAAACAAAAUCUUUGCUAUACGUUCCGAGUUUUGUUGGAAUCGAGGUAACCAUUAACAAAAAAGGCCUCAAAACGAUAUAUGUUAUAGGAAGUUCAAGUUGACAUACUUUUGGAGGGAGUGUCAUGUCAUAUCUUCACUACUCAUUUUGUUCAAUUUCUGUAUGAUCACAUUUGUCUUUUAUUUUGGAAUGUAGUAUAUUUGGUAUCUAUAUUUUACUGUCUUUCAUAUUAUAACCUCGGUGAAAUUAGCUAAAAUAAUAUUUUUGGCUUGGCCUGCAUUUAAUAUUUGAUACAAAAAAGGAUUUGUAAUAAAACAAUGCCAAUCUGAUCUACUUGCAUUGUAUUGUACAUGUAUUAAGCCACCAUGUCUAAAUUGAUACUCUGCAUUUUCAUUGGAGCAACAAUCUCAUGCUUAAAUAAUAAAAACCGAUUUUUAUAAAAAAUAAGUAAGAUUGUGUAUAACAUUCAUAAUAUGUCAUUCGCGUUAAUGAACUAUUAAAAUGUGGAUAUCAACACUGUUUACACAUUUGUUUGUUUUGUUUGUUGCGUUGUAUUGAAUUGUAUUGGUCGAAACAUAGGUUUGGCCACAAUAUCAUUGACCAGAUCCUUGUGACAAUACUGUCUGAUUUUAACAAUGUGAUACGUACAUGUAUGUUUAACCCAAGCUGCUCUUGACUACAAAUUCAAGUAUUCAACAUGUAUCCAACUUUUCUUGACUUGACCUUGACCAAAUUACAAAUAUUCCGAGUUCAUUUAUUUUGUAGAUAACUAUGUCCAUAUUGUUUUUUACAUCUUGUGAAGAUUUGAAUGUCCUCUUUUGA